CACUAAAGGGCACUGAUAGGCAGUACUAAUGAGGUGGCACGGAUAGGCGGCACUGAUAGGCAGCACUAAUGAGGUGUCACGGAUAGGCGGCACUAAUAUGCAGCACUGAUAGGCGGCACUGAUAGGUGACACUGAUGAUGGGUACUGAUAGACGGCAUGACUGGCAUCACUGCUGGGCACUGACUGGCGGCACUGACUGGCACAACCCCUGGGCACUGACUGGUGGCACUGACUGGCAGCACUGCUGGGCUGCACUGGUGGGUGGCACUGGUGGGUAGCACUGGGUGGGUGGGCACAGGUGGGUGGCACUGAGUGGCACAGGUGGGUGCACUGCUGGG